UAAAACAUACAUGAGAAAUGUUCCUCAUAAUUGAUAAUGGAUAAUAAUAUUAAUUAAUUACACAACAAAACAAACAACAAGCUCACAUAUUACAUUUCAAACCCAACACAACACAACACAACCCAACACAACACCCUAACCAUCAUUAAUCUCACCCUCAACCAGCUAUCCAUAAUUUGUUAUUCCGUUUCUACAUUUUUUAUUUAUUUAAAAUAUUGUUAUAAUGUCACAUUCUCAACCCUUAUUAUUAUUGUUAACCCAAUUCUUCAAUUUUCAUUACCCUCCUUUAAUCUCUUCUUAAUUAAUUCCUUGUUGUAAUACAUCAUGGGUUGUGGUAUCUCAACUAUGGACAGAAAUGACAUUGCAUCCACGGGUCGCCGUCGUGUCUACGGUCGACUACGUCAUCAAAAUGCCAUUGUUCCACCCGUUGGAGACAACAAUAAGAAGAUUUGUGACAAUGUUGAUGACGAUUAUAAUGAUUAUCAAGAACCCAAAAGGAACGAGGAAGGGUUGAUUGAGAAGAAAUGUGUGGUAGAUAAAAAAGAUGAGGAAAGGAAUAUUGUGAUUAUUAAUGAGAGACAAAAAAAAUUAGAAGAGGAUAAAGUUAGCAUUAAUCACAAAAAUGUUAUGAAUUAUGAAGAGGAGGAGGAGAAUAAUGAGGAUAGAAUAAUUGGUCCUGGAUCACCAAGUUUUAGAGAAUAUUGUAAUGACUCUGAUUUGGUCGAUACAAGUUUUUGUUCUGAUUCCGUGGAUAGAAGAAUUUCUGCAGUAGAUUCUAAUGAUUGUGAUUCUGGAGAAAGCACAAAAAAUAGUAGUGAUGAUGAUUCAACAAAGCCAAGAAACGAUAAAAGUGUCAAUUCCAACAAGGAAAAUGAGAAGAAAGAGAGAAGAGGAUUAGGAUUUAGGAAUGUUAUGAAUAAAGGAAAGGGAAGAGGGAAGAAAAAAAUGAUGUGAACUUUGCUUGCUACAACUCUAGCACUCAGUCCUAUGCUGAAACUACACGAGACCUGAAAUUCUUACCUCAUCUACACUAACAAAUUGGUAACUUAUUAGGUUCAGAAGAAAAACACACAGUGAUGUUUGUAUGUAGAAGAUUUAAUGGAAUUUUGAAUGUAUUGCUAAAAUCAAUUUGUGAUAUAUAUAGAGUUGUAAAUUAUGAUUCCCUUUAAUC